AUGGGAUGUAUAAAAUCAAAAAGGAAAGAGAGUCUGCAUGGAGAUGGGCUAGAUUUGAAGAAUCAACCAGCAAAUACAGAAGCACAGCUCUUACCAGGACAGAGGUUUGUCAGUGAAGAAACAGAGGAGCAUGGAGUCAUUGUGGUAGCUUUGUAUCCCUAUGAUGGCAUUCAUGAAGAUGACUUGUCCUUCAAAAAAGGAGAAAAAUUGAAAGUUAUUGAGGAGCUGGGAGAAUGGUGGAAAGCAAAAUCUCUCACGACGAGGAAGGAAGGCUUCAUUCCCAGCAACUACGUGGCAAAAGUAAACACCUUGGAAACAGAAGAAUGGUUCUUCAAAGACAUAACACGAAAAGAUGCCGAGAGACAACUCCUGGCUCCUGGAAAUAGUCCUGGAGCUUUCCUUAUCAGGGAAAGUGAAACAUUAAAAGGCAGCUAUUCUCUCUCCAUAAGAGACUAUGAUCCACAGCAUGGUGAUGUUAUUAAGCACUACAAAAUUAGGAGUCUAGACAAUGGAGGAUUUUACAUCUCUCCAAGAAUAACUUUUCCCGACAUCAAUGAUAUGAUCAAACAUUAUCAAAGUAAGUUAAAUCG